AUGACGCGCCUCAGCGGGAUGGUGGGCGACGCCACCGGUGGCGCGUCGGCCUCGUUCACCUCGACGUCGUCCAAGGGCGGCAAGAGCAUCUACGGCUCGUCGUGGUCCGUUCCGGGCUCCUCGACCAACAGCACCAACUCGCGCGGCAGCAAGAGCUCCCAGUCGAGCAACUCGUCUCAAAGUGGCGUGGAGGGCGCCGCGGCAGCGACCGACAUGCGCCCGCCCGAGGGCGACAUCACGAUCGUCUUCACCGACAUCUCGCGCGCCGCAUCGCUGUGGGAGUUCAACCCGAUCGCCAUGCGCGACGCCACGGUGCUCCACAACGGCACCCUCCGCGGCCUGCUCAAGCGCCACCGGGGCUACGAGGUGGUGUUCAUCCGCGACCGAAACUCGGGCGAGGGCUCGUUCUGCAUGGCCUUCCAGCAAGCCGCCGACGCGCUGGCCUGGUGCACCGAGGUGCAGCAGGCCCUGCUCCAGGUCGAGUGGCCUGAGGAGCUCACAAACCACCCCGGCGCGGCGGAGGAGUGGGCCGACAACGACCAGGAGGAGAAGGUCCUCUACCGGGGCCUGCGCGUGCGGAUGGGCGUCCACUCGGGCGAGGCGCGCAUGGUCCGCGAUCCCAUGUCGCGUCGCGUCGAGUACAUUGGACCCACGGUGCACGCCGCAGCGCGCAUCACGGCCCUCUCCCACGGCGGUCAGAUCCUGCUGAGCGAGACGGCCUAUCGAAAGAUGCAGGAGGCCAGCCUGGGCAAGGUCAAGCGCAACCUCAUCUCCUGUCUCGGCACUUUCGAGAUGCCCGACUACCCUCAGGGGGCUCGACUGUACGAGAUCAAGGUCGAAGGUCUGGAGGGCCGCUUCUUCGGUGGCGUGUCCAAGGCGCACGAAGGUGACUCGGAGAGCAACACCAGCGAGGAGCCCAGGAGCGGAUCGAGCGGCGAAGGCAACGAGGUUCAGACGGUAGUGGGCGACGGGAUGGCGUUCAAGGAGGACAACUUCCUCACGUCGGCCAACCUGUGCCGGUGGAUCAUCGACUACAACGAAAUCCAGGUGGGCAAGCAGAUCGGUCUGGGCUCCUACGGCGUGGUCUAUCGCGGCAAGUGGAAGGGCGUUGAUGUCGCCGUGAAACGGUUCAUCAAGCAGAAGCUCGACGAGCGGCGCAUGCUCGAGUUCCGCGCAGAGAUGGCCUUCCUCUCCGAGCUCCAUCAUCCCAACAUCGUCCUCUUCAUUGGUGCCUGCAUGAAGAAGCCCAACCUGUGCAUCGUGACCGAGUUUGCAAAGCAAGGCAGCUUGAAGGACAUCCUCCAGGACUCGGGGAUGAAGCUGGUGUGGCAGCAGAAGCUCAAGAUCCUGCGCAGCGCGGCUCUGGGCAUCAACUACCUGCACUCCCUGCACCCGGUCAUCGUGCACCGCGACCUGAAGCCCUCCAAUCUGCUCGUGGACGAGAACUGGAACGUGAAGGUGGCCGACUUUGGAUUCGCGCGCAUCAAGGAGGAGAACGCGACGAUGACCCGCUGUGGCACUCCCUGCUGGACGGCGCCGGAGGUCAUCCGCGGCGAGAAGUACGACGAAAAGGCCGACGUGUACUCGUUUGGCAUCAUCAUGUGGGAGGUGCUCACCAGGCGCCAGCCCUAUGCCGGACGCAACUUUAUGGGCGUUUCGCUCGGCGUGCUCGAGGGGCGGAGACCGCAGAUCCCCAACGACUGCCCGGCGCACUUCACCAAGAUCAUGAAGAAGUGCUGGCACGCCAAGGCGGAGAAGCGCCCCCUCAUGAAGACGUACUUGCCUACUUCGACAAGCAGGUAG